GUGUGUGUGUGUGUGUCUGUGUGUGCGGUGGGCGGAGCCUGUAGUGGCAGAAGGUUCAUUGUCUGAGAAGCAGAGAGAGAGAGAGAGGGAGGGAGGAGGACGGGUCGAGCGAGCAACACAAAGACUGCAGCUGGGAGAGAGAGAGACAAAGAGUGGGGGGGACUCUCUCUUUCUUUCUUGGUGUGGGGGAGGAGAGGGGGAGGAGAGGGGGAGGAUUAACCGGCUGAUCUGCGACACGCGCUCACACACAACACACAUUUCAUAUUAACACACACACAUAGAGCCUUCAUCCAGAUCAUCAUCAUCAUCAUCAUCAGCAGCAGCAGCAGCAGCAGCAUCGGCAUCGAGGGCGAGAGACAAAGACACAGACAGAGAGACGGAGGAGAGAGAGAGACAAGGAGGAGGAGGAGGAGGAGGAGGAGACCAUCUUCAGGAGUCAGACGGAGAGAGAGAGACAGGAGGACAGACGGGAGGACAGACAGGAGGACAGACAGGCGUAGCUGCACCGUGAUGGCCGACCACAUGUCCCUGCCUCCGUGUGUCUACUGAGCGUGUGCAGUAGCGGUCGGUCCGUGAUGGGGAACGCUGAGAGCAUGGAGAGCCAGCUGGCCGUGAUCCGGUCCAGAGCCGCCCCGGUUCGACUCCCGAUGCCAGACCCGGCCGAGCUGGAGGAGAGGUUCUCCAUCGCCCUGAAUUCGAUGAACCUGCCGCCUGAUAAGGUUCGUUUACUGCGUUCCUACGACAACGAGAAGAAGUGGGAGUUGAUCUGUGAUCAGGAGAGAUUUCAGGUGAAGAACCCUCCUCACACCUACAUCCAGAAACUGAGAGGUUUCCUCGAUCCGGCCGUCACACGAAAGAAGUUCAGACGAAGAGUUCAGGAGUCAACUCAGAUGCUCCGAGAGCUGGAGAUCUCGCUACGUACCAACCACAUCGGAUGGGUUCGAGAGUUUCUGAACGAGGAGAAUCGAGGUCUGGACGUUCUCGUUGAGUAUUUGUCGUUUGCUCAGUACGCCGUCACGUUUGAUGGAGAGCAGUCAGAACCCAGUGGCGAGCUGUCGUCCAUUGAUUCUCCCUGGAGCCGAUCCAUCGAGGAUCUCCAUGGCGACUGCAGCCUCCCCUCCCCGUCGUCCUCUGCACCCCGAGCAGCUCGACACUCCAUCAGCUCAGCUCUGGUGACUCGUUCCAACACAUUGCCCAGUCGACGAACUCUGAAGAAUUCACGACUUGUCUGUAAGAAAGAUGACGUUCACGUAUGUGUCAUGUGUCUGAGAGCCAUCAUGAACUACCAGUAUGGUUUCAACAUGGUGAUGUCUCAUCCGCACGCUGUCAAUGAAAUCGCCCUCAGCCUCAACAACAGGAACCCCAGGACAAAGGCUCUUGUCCUGGAGUUGUUGGCAGCGGUGUGUUUGGUCAGAGGAGGACACGAGAUCAUCCUGAUGGCCUUCGACAACUUUAAAACUGUGUGUUCAGAGUCGAUGCGUUUUGAAAAGUUGAUGGAACAUUUUAAGAGUGAAGACGACAACAUCGACUUCUUGGUGGCCUGUAUGCAGUUCAUUAACAUCGUGGUUCACUCCGUGGAGGACAUGAACUUCAGAGUCCAUCUGCAAUACGACUUUACCAAACUCAACCUGGACGAACACCUAGAGCGGCUGAAGCACACGGAAAGCGACAGGCUCCAGGUCCAGAUUCAGGCGUAUCUGGACAACGUGUUCGAUGUGGGGACGCUGCUGGAGGACGCUGAGACCAAAACUGCUGCUCUGGAGAGGGUGGAGGAACUGGAGGAGAGUCUGGCCACAACCGAAACCCGUCUCCGUCAUACAGAAGCACGGACGACACUUGACGAUGCAGACCCGCGGCGAUGCUGAAUCAACGUGUCACUGGAAAAACAACUGAUGCAAACCAACAAGGAGCUGGACCAACUCCGGGAGGUGUGCGCCAGUGCUAACUCUCAAGUGCACACCUUGCGGCGGAUGGUGCGCGAGAAGGACCAGACGAUCCGACGCCAGAGUCGCCUGGAGCGCCAGGCUCAGGAGGCCCAGCAGGCCGGAGGUCCUGGAGCUCCUCAACCCCAGAGAGGAGAGGGCGAUGGGGGGACAGCCGACUGUGCCUCCCCCUCACCCCCACCGUGUCCUAACUUGUCUCCCAGCCCGGAGACCAUGGCCUAUCACAGCAUGGGACCAGGAAUCGCUGGAGCUGCAGGCAUGUUGGCUCCUCCUCCUCCUCCUCCCCCUCCUCCCCCACCAAUGCCGGGCACACUGUCCAACGGGCCUUACCCUGCACCUCCUCCCCCCGCUCCUCCUCCUCCCCCUCCUCCUCCUCCUCCCCCCUGUCGGACUAGUGAGCUCUCCUCUGUCCCUAUGCCCCCCCCUCCUCCUCCUGUGGCACCUCCUCUCCCAGGGUCAGGAGGGUCACCAACAGUCAUCUUCAACUCUGGACUUGCAGCAGUGAAGAUCAAGAAGCCGAUCCAGACCAAGUUCCGGAUGCCCGUGUUGAACUGGGUCGCUCUGAAGCCGAGUCAGAUCAACGGAACCGUCUUCAACGACAUCGAUGACGAGUCCAUCUUACAGGACUUGGACGUGGAGGAGUUUGAGGAGCUCUUCAAGACAAAGGCUCAGGGUCCGGCCGUGGAUCUGACUCUGUCCAGACAGAAACUUCCUCAGAAAACUCCGUCCAAAGUUUCCCUGCUGGAGGCCAACAGAGCCAAGAACCUGGCCAUCACCCUGAGGAAGGCCGGCCAGGGGUCAGAGGUCAUCUGCCGGGCCAUUCACACGUUUGACCUCCGGACGGUCCGGGUGGACUUUGUGGAGUGUCUCAUGCGGUUCCUGCCAAUGGAGGCAGAGGUGAAGUUGCUACGGCAAUAUGAGAGGGACAGGAAACCUCUGGAGGCUCUGAGUGACGAGGACCGGUUCAUGAUGCAGUUCAGCCGCAUCGAGAGACUCAGCCAGAGGAUGACCAUCAUGACCUUCAUGGGCAACUUCACCGACAACGUCCAGAUGUUGACUCCGCAACUCCACGCCAUGAUCGCUGCUUCAGUUUCUAUUAAAUCAUCUCAGAAGCUCAAGAAGAUCCUGGAGAUCAUCUUGGCUCUGGGGAACUACAUGAACAGCAGCAAGAGAGGAGCAGUGUACGGAUUCAAACUACAGAGCCUGGAUCUGCUCCUGGAGACAAAGUCGACUGACAGGAAGCAGACGUUGCUUCACUACAUCGCUAACGUGGUGCGGGACAAAUAUCCGACCGUGUCUCUGUUCUACAACGAGCUUCAUUAUGUGGACAAGGCAGCAGCCGUGAGUCUGGAGAACGUCCUGAGUGACGUGAAGGAGCUCCAGCGCGGCAUGGAGUUCACCUGGAGGGAGUUCAGCGUGUCCCACAACGCCACCCUGAAGGACUUCAUCAGCAGGAACGAGUCCCGGCUCGGUAAACUGCAGGAAGACGCCCGCAUCGCCCAGGACGCCUUUGAAGACGUGGUCAAGUUUUUCGGAGAGAGCUCCAAGACGAUGCCUCCGUCCGUCUUCUUCCCGAUCUUCGUUCGUUUCAUCAAAGCCUACAGGGUGGCAGAGGAGGACAACGAGCAGAGGAGGCGUCAGGAGCAGAUGUUAUUGGAGAAGCUGGAGCAGGAGGAGCAGCAGGAGGAGCAGGAGACCAAGUCUCCCCACAGAGGGAAGCGACAGCAGCAGGAACUGAUCACGGAGCUCAGACGACGACAAGGAAAAGACAGUCGCCAUGUUUACGAAGGCAAAGACGGAGCCAUAGAGGACAUCAUCACAGCUCUGAAGACCGUCCCAUUCACGGCUCGAUCGGCCAAACGCAGCUCUCGCUUCUUCUGUGACCCCGCCCACUCAGACGAGCACUACUGACCACUCCCACUCCUCCACGGGACCAAUCAGCACCUUGAACAUCUCUGAUCGAUCAAUGUGAACUCGGACACUUUUGUAUUUUUAUCUUUUCUGGUGUGAGCAGCGACCAGAUGCCCAGACACCCCUGACCCUCACCUUUGACCCCUGGCCUUUCUCUAGUGUCUAAUCUCCGAUAAGAUCCUCAGUUCUGACCUGGUUCUGAUUAAACUUAGACUUAAAGUUCUGGGACAAAUGAACCUUGAACACAACGUCAUCUCCAACAAAACAGUAAAACUGUGAGACAUAAAAUCCUAACGGUGCUAAAGAAGCUUGAAAUGAACGUCCUCAUUGAUUCUCCGGUAUCUCAUGUGGAACCAGGUCAACAGGUUCAGAGCUGGUUCUGGGUCAGCAGAGGUUCUGGGUUCCUGGGUCCCUGUUUUGAACUGGAUCUUGUACAGGGUUAUACUCCUUUCACUUCUUCUCCUUCUACUGUGUUCUACUGUAUGUACUCGCCUUACCAGAACCAGCUCCACUUCUCUCUACGUCAUGACCCAGAAACAGUGUUAGCAGCGUUAGCAGCGUUAGCAGAGUUAGCAGCGUUAGCAGGGCUAGCAGUGUUAGCAGAGUUUGAGUCCGAGGCUCCUCCGGGGCCAAGGUCUGUGGACUCCACCUUGCUGCUGCAGUUAGCGGUUAGCCUGCUGCUCGCAUAAGAGCCACGCCCACAGACACCAGUGACCUUCAAAAUACAAAGUCCUGAACUCUGCCACCGAGAGGAGGCGCUGCAGCACAACAGGGGGAGGAGCCACGGUGACUUUAAGAACCAUUUAAGAACCAUCUGGUUUCAGAAAACUGAAACUUGAUGGACCAGCUGCUAAAACGCUGGGACGCACACCUGGAAGCACAAAGACAAACUUGUAGUGUCCUCGGCUUUUGGGGGUCCCUGUCCCAGAAAGUCUGAGCAGCCCCCCCCCCCCCCCAAUACACACACCCAAACACACACACACAAUAACACACACACACUAUAACACACAGACACACACACAGUGACACACACACACACACAGUAACACACAUACUAUAACACACACACCUAUACUUCCUAUUUGAAGUUGAAAUGAGACAAAACAUCAACAACAGCACAAAGUUUUUCUAUGUGUACAGACAUUUUCUAGGAAGUUGUGUAGUGACGCUCGUACUGUGUCUGUGUUUGUUGGUGGUAACUCUGCACUUGGUGUGUAAAUAAAGCGCACCUCAUACACACAA